UCAUGUAAUCAUUUUGCUGUUCAUCAUGUAUCGUCUUUUAGAAAACCACCAAAAAUCUUUGCAUUUGAUUACUGUUUCUGGUCCAUGGAUGAAUCCAACACAUCAAAAUAUGCAGGUCAAGAAUCUGUUUUUAAGUGCCUCGGGGAAGGAAUUCUUGAUAAUGCUUUUCAGGGAUACAAUGCUUGCAUUUUUGCAUAUGGGCAAACAGGAUCAGGAAAAUCUUUCUCCAUGAUGGGAACAGCAGAUCAACCUGGCCUUAUCCCGCGGCUCUGUUGUGCUUUGUUUCAGAGAGCCUCUGAGGAAGAAAAUGACUCUCAGACAUUUAAAGUGGAAGUAUCUUUUAUGGAAAUUUACAACGAGAAAGUCAGAGAUCUGUUAGACCCUAAAGGGAACCGACAAUCCCUUAAAGUUCGGGAGCACAAGGUGUUAGGACCGUAUGUUGAUGGUUUAUCCCAGUUAGCUGUUACUAAUUUCGAGGACAUUGAAUCCUUGAUGUCAGAAGGAAAUAAAUCUCGUACUGUUGCCGCCACAAACAUGAAUGAAGAAAGCAGUCGGUCACAUGCUGUAUUUAACAUUAUUGUCACACAGACACUCUUUGACCAUCAGUCUGGUAACUCAGGAGAACGAGUCAGUAAAGUCAGUUUGGUGGACCUGGCCGGGAGUGAGAGAGUUUCAAAAACAGGUGCUGCAGGAGAGCGUUUAAAGGAAGGAAGUAACAUCAACAAAUCCCUCACCACUCUGGGGCUAGUUAUAUCUUCUCUGGCAGACCAAGCAGCUGGUAAAGGGAAGAACAAGUUUGUGCCUUACAGAGACUCGGUGCUGACGUGGCUUCUCAAGGACAAUUUGGGAGGAAAUAGCAAGACUGCCAUGAUAGCUACAAUUAGUCCUGCAGCUGACAACUACGAAGAAACUCUUUCUACGUUAAGAUAUGCUGAUCGAGCAAAAAGGAUAGUUAACCAUGCCGUCGUGAAUGAAGACCCCAAUGCAAGACUCAUCAGAGAACUGCGUGAAGAAGUGGAGAAGCUCAAAGAGCAGCUUUCACAAGCCGAGUCUCUAAAAGCACCCGAACUGAAGGAAAAAUUGGAGGAAUCUGAAAAGCUUAUACAUGAAUUAACAAUCACCUGGGAAGAAAAGCUUAGAAAAACAGAAGCAAUUGCCCAGGAGAGGCAAAAGCAGCUUGAGAGCAUGGGUAUUUCUCUAGAAUCUUCCGGUAUCAAAGUUGGGGACGAUAAAUGUUACUUGGUGAAUCUGAAUGCGGACCCUGCCCUUAAUGAACUUUUGGUGUAUUAUUUAAAGGAUCAUAACAGAGUAGGUGCUGACACAUCUCAGGAUAUACAGCUCUUUGGUAUUGGCAUUCAGCCCGAGCAUUGUGUGAUUGAUGUGGCCACAGACGGGGAAAUUUCUCUCACACCCAGGGAAAAUGCACGGAGCUGUGUGAAUGGUGCACUUGUGAACACAAGAACUCCUCUAUGGCAUGGAGACCGAAUCCUGUGGGGAAACAACCACUUCUUUAGGCUCAAUCUGCCAAAGAGAAAAAGGAAAGAUUGGCUGAAAGAGUUUGAAAAAGAAACCAGCUGUACAGAGCUUGACUUGGAUGCAAGAAGUGAAACGUCAUCAGAAACCGACUAUAAUUAUGAGUUUGCACAAAUGGAAGUAAUAAUGAAAGCACUGAAUAGCAAUGAUCCAGUCCACAAUGUGGUCCAGGUUCUAGAGAAGCAAUAUUUGGAGGAGAAAAAACAUGCACUGGAGGAGCAGAGGACGAUGUUUGAACGAGAGCUGGAACAGCUGCGACAGCAGCUCUCUCCGGAUAGACAGCACCAACAUGGUAACGAGCGACUUUCCUACACCUCUCAAACCACACAACAGAAAAUGACCAUCUGGGCAGAGGAGAGGGAUGAGCUAUUUAGGCAGAGCCUUGCCAAACUCAGAGAGCAGAUUGUGAAGGCAAACACUCUAGUGAGAGAAGCUAACUUUCUAGCUGAAGAAAUGAACAAAUGCACAGAUUAUCAAGUCACUCUGCAAAUACCAGCAGUCAACCUGAGUGCAAACCGCAAGCGAGGUGCAAUUGUGAGUGAGCCAGCUAUUCAAGUGCGGAGAAAAUGCAGAGGCACCCAAGUGUGGACUAUUGAGAAACUCGAGAACAAGCUCAUUGACAUGAGGGAUGCUUACCAAGAGUGGAAGGAGAAACCCAAUGAGAACAAACAGCUUUUUUUUAAGAAAGGUGACCCAUUUUAUGAAGCUCAAGAAAAUCACAAUUUGAUUGGUGUGGCAAAUGUAUUUUUGGAAUGUUUAUUUUAUGAUGUUAAACUUCAGUAUGCAGUGCCUAUCAUCAGCCAACAGGGGGAGGUCGCAGGAAGACUUCACAUUGAACUUAUGCGGAUUACUGGUGUGGUGCCUGAGUGCUUAGUGGGUGAUGACUCUUCCGAAAACUCUAGUGAAAGUGGAAGCUUUGAGAUCACAGAUAACAGCGGUGAAGUUCUCCACAGACCGAAGAAGAUGUCCUGCCGAGUCAAAAUAAAAGAAGCAACAGGUCUUCCUCUGAACCUGUCCAACUUUGUCUUCUGCCAGUAUACCUUCUGGGACCAGUCUGAACCCACUGUUGCACCACCUAUGGUUAACCCAGACAUGCCUUCACCUCGAAACAAAGAUGCCCAGUUCAAUGUUACAUUUGCACACUCUAAAGAUUAUGUGGUACAUAUUACAGAGGAAUUUUUGGAGUUUAUUUCUGAAGGAGCACUUGCCAUAGAAGUUUGGGGUCACAGGUGUGCUGGAAAUGGAAGAUCCUUGUGGGAGAUAGAUUCUCUUCACGAUAAAUCUAGAACCCUGCAUGACAGGUGGAAUGAAGUGACCCGCAGAAUAGAAAUAUGGAUAUCCAUUCAUGAGCUGAAUGAGAAUGGGGAGUACACAUCUGUAGAACUUCAUCAGGCCAGGGAUGUGAACACUGGGGGUGUCUUCCAGCUCAGACAGGGACAUUCUAGAAGGAUCCAGGUGACCGUGAGGCCUGUGCAGAAUUCAGGCACCUUGCCACUCAUGGUUGAAGCCAUUCUUUCUGUGUCAGUGGGCUGCAUCACAGCUAGAUCAACAAAACUACAGAGAGGACUAGACAGUUAUCAGAAAGAUGAUGAUGAUGGUGAUGAUGAUAUGGAUAGUUACCAGGAAGAAGACUUAAACUGCGUGCGUGAGAGGUGGUCUGAUGCACUGAUAAAACGCAAGGAAUACUUGGAUGAGCAAAUUCAGAAAAUCAUCAAUAAGCAAGAGAAAACAGAAGAUGAUAUUGAGCGUGAAGCACGGCUGGUUGAGCAGUGGGUGGGACUAACAGAAGAAAGAAAUGCUGUUUUGGUGCCAGCGCCAGGAAGUGGUAUUCCAGGGGCCCCUGCAAAUUGGACCCCACCAGCUGGAAUGGAAACGCACAUCCCUGUCCUUUUCUUAGAUCUUAAUGCUGAUGACCUCAGCGCCAAUGAACAGCUUGUAGGUUCUCAUGCAUCAGGGCUUAACUCAAUACUACCAAAGGAGCAUGGAAGCCAGUUCUACUACCUGCCAAUCAUCAAGCAUAGUGACGAUGAGGUUUCAGUUACAGCUUCCUGGGACUCUGCAAUCCACGAAUCAAUGCACUUGAACAGGGUAACUCCACAAAAUGAGCGCAUCUAUCUCAUCGUGAAAACAACAGUGCAACUCAGCCACCCUGCUGCAAUGGAACUUGUUCUACGGAAGAGGAUUGCUGUCAAUGUAUAUAACAAACAGAGUUUUACACAGAGCCUAAAGAGACGAAUGUCUACAAAAAAUAUUCUUUAUUCCUGUGGAGUAAGCUAUGAAAUUGUAUCCAAUAUCCCAAAGGCAACAGAGGAAACUGAAGACCGUGAAACUCUAGCUCUGAUUGCAGCGAGGAGUGAGUAUGAAGGGUCUGCCGAUGGAGAAACCUACAUUGAGAAAUACACACGUGGGGUUCUUCAGGUGGAGAACAUAUUGGGCCUUGAGCGACUCAGGCAGGCUGUCACAGUAAAGGAAGCAUUAUCAAGCAGAACUAAGCACAUUCGUAGGAGUAUCAGCACGCCGAACAUGCACAAUACAUGUUCUAACCGCCUGGAGUUUUCUGGAUAUGAGGAUGAUGACAAGGUUUGGUCAGAAAACCCAUUAGAUAUAUCAGAUUAUUCUGCCAGUGCUAAAGAUGUGUCAUGGUCGGGAAAUCAAACCUGUGAUUUGCCUAGAAGAAAAGAUGGUGGAGCAGAGAGAGGGAGUGCACCAGAGAGCACGAAUGCCUUAAUGACAAGUCCUUUCAAAAGCUUCUCCCCUCAACCACCCAAAUUUUUCAAACCUCUGAUGCCUGUGAGGGAAGAACAUAAGAGACGAACCCCAGUGGAAGCCCAACCGCUGCUCAGUCAAGAGAGCAUGCCCUCACCCCUGACACUUAGUACUAGCACUGUCGUACCCCAUGGACCUAAUGCCAGCUGCAUGCCACUAGAACAAAAUAACAAUCACGAGGAAUCCAUUGUUUCUGUUUAACUCUUACCAGAUGCAGAUACAUCGCCUUCAUGAGGAAUCAGAAGAAGAAGACGACGACAACAAUGAAUUUGAAGAGAACAACAAAAAAAUUAUUGGUUCCUCCAGCUUUCAUAGUUUCAGA